UCAAAGCUGCUGCUUGUUUUGAGAACAGACCAGAGUCCACGGCAGGAACAGACUGUUUGCCGAAGCGACGCCGUUUUUUUGUGAAAUAUUAACUCUUUCUAGACACAGCUCUGACCUGCUCUCGUGGAAAGAGGAAAGAGUUUGAGAAGAUCCAGCUUUUAAAACUUGAAACCAGUGUCAUGGCGGUCAGCAUCAUGUCGACUUGUUGUCGAGCGUCUCUUCUGUCGCUUCACCUCUUCGCCUGCUUCCUUCAGGUCCUCGGCCAAGGAGAAGUGUUUCAUCAGGCUCGGCGGGCCCACGCCGUGUUCCUGAGGUCCAGGCGGGCCAACAUGUUCCUGCUGGAGGAGAUCCUGCCGGGGAACCUGGAGAGGGAGUGUAUCGAGGAGCGGUGCAACUUCGAGGAGGCCCGGGAGCACUUCGAGGACACCGAGAGGACAAUCUCCUUCUGGACCAGUUACUACAAUCGGGACCAGUGUGAGCCCAACCCCUGCCUCCGCGGAGGGAACUGCACCUACACGGCCGGGGGGUUCCGCUGCUCCUGCGCCGCCCCCCACUCCGGACCGCUCUGUGAAGUGGGAGGGCCCAGGGAGGAGGGGGGCGGAGAGCGGUCGCCGUCCGCCGUAUCGCAGAGAACCGCGCCCACAGAAAUCCGGGGCGCGGCCCACACGCCCGAGGCUCACGGUGCGUAUCCACGGCAACAGGUACCCGCAGCACAGAGCCCCGCUGCCGCCCCGUCCCGAUUUCACACACAGCACCCGUCCGUUGCAGGGAUGGCAGAGUGUCCGACGGAAGGUCCGCAGGCCUGUCACCAGCUGUGCACGGCGUCCGACUCCGCCUUCGCCUGCUCCUGCAUGCCGGGAUUCAAACUACAGCCCGACGAGCAGAGCUGUGUGCCGGAAGUGGAGUUCCCCUGCGGAAGACUUCCGGACGACUUCAACACGACGGCGUCCAUGUGCCGCCGCGGAAACUGUCCCUGGCAGGUAAGCUCCUCUCGGCCAAUCGCAGCGAGGCAUCGGCUCAUCCAGAUGAUAGGUGAUUGUUCACCGUCCAAUCACGAGGGCAGAUGUUCCAGACAGGUGUGCGCGCGUGCCUGCCUUGAUAGUCUGGUACACUGGAGCUCCUGCUGUGUGUUCGUUUUCCGUCUCCAGGUGUCCCUGCGGAACUACAGUGGGGUGGAGCUGUGCAGUGGCGUGGUGUUGGGUCGGCACUCCAUCCUGACCACUGCCCGCUGCCUCCUCCUGGACUCGGAAUCCAGCCACCGACACCUCAACGUCUCCACGGUGACCGGCAACAAGAUAAUUGUCCCCGUCCAGGCUCAGUACAUCCACGAGCAUUUCCGUUUAGAUCACCACGACAACGACCUCGCCUUCCUCGAGCUGGCCAGACCCCUGCCCUUUGGCCCCACCCUCAUCCACCUCUGCCUGCCCACCAAGGACUUCAGCGAGAACAUCCUGAUGAAUUCUGGGAGGACGGGCGUCACUGGGAGACGGGGGGGCGGACCAAACCAGGACCCGGUCUACAUGACGCUGGACGAGUGUCGCAGCCAGCUGAACGUCUCGCAUCCGCUCAGCAACAAAAUGUUCUGCAUGAGGACGCAGAAUGGACGUGGACCGAACAGCGGCCAGAGUGGAAGGCAGAACAUUCAGACUGGAGCCCAGGGGACGCCAAAUGGAACAGAAAAUCAGAACGGCAGCAGCAGCUCCAGGAGAGAAAACCAGAAGCCCUCGGUAUCGAAAGGUGGUUCCAGGUCUCAGGUCGGCGGCAGGCCACGUGGCGGUCUGUUGCCGGGGACGCCCGUCGCCACCACGGAGCAGGGGACGGCGUUUCUGACCGGGCUGCUGAUCUCGUCGUCCGCAGGCUUGGAUGACAGCGGCAGCGGGAGCCUCGUGUUCACCAAACUGUCCCGCUACUUGAGAUGGAUCAGACCGAGAAUAGAGGGGGCCGAGGUUCGCAUGACUCCCCAAGUCAGCCAGUAUCCUGAGACUCGUUGACAACCCGCCGACCGGCGCCACCUUUAAGACUCUUUAGAAAAGGAACCCACAGGCUCAAACCACCAAAAUCUCUUUAAUGGACCAGACUGGUGUUUUAGACCUUUCACUACAAAUCUUGUUCACUUCUCAUUGGUCAGAUUUAGGACGCUCUGACGCGGGAGUCUUGGUUUCAGUCCUGGUUACUCUGGUGACACCUGCGGCAGCAAACCAGGUUCAAGAUUUCACAGCUCGUUCACUGACCAAAACUACAACUACCAGCUAAACGGCUGAUUUCUAGACGUAUUUUUAAAGAACAAUCGUGGUCAGCGACAAAUACAUUGUGUUUCCUGUGGCUGCUGCACAAUAAAAGCUCCUGUCUUUGGUCAGUUGAAGUGUUUUUAUCCGUCAAAUCGGUCUUUAUCUGAACAGCACCUUUGGUCCAGGUUAGUGCAAUUCAAACGAGAUAGUUCAAAAGUAAAUAGUAGAACAAUAUGAGACCAUGCACCUGUGAAAUGAUGAAUAAUUCAUGAGUAAUUAUAAAAGCGACAGAUUCAAAAACAAACAUUUAAAAUAAUGUAAAAUGAAAACUGACAGAUGAUAAAGAUUCAAAUCUAGGUGGAAACAGGAAACCAAUGUGAAACCUGUGUAGUGUGAAGCAGCGGCAGCAGGAACUUUCACUCACUGCAGCUCUGACAUCUGACAUCGUUUCCUGUCGUCUGAACCCGGCGCGGGAAUAACAGUGAAAACUCUUCCAUGGAGAGAACAUCACCGAAUGUUACUACAUGAAUGCUCUGGCACAAAAAAGACCGCAAAUAGUAUCAAAAACAGGGUUGGAACUUUUAAUCUCAGGUGUUGGAAGGUUCUUAAAGAGAGAUUUAACUCCUCGUUUAGCUGGACAACUGGUCCUCAAC